CUUCCUGCGAAACAUAACGUCAGUGAGUACCGUCAACAGAAGUAUGAAGAAAACAAUCUCAGCCCCUCUAUUUUUUGUUGUGCUAUUUCCUCUAAUGGCAGGGUAUAAUUUUUCGUGCAAAACCCAGACACCGAAACCCCUCUGUAGUCUGAGUUCAAAGUGCUAAACUAGAAAGAAGAAGAGAGAGAGAGAGAGAGAGAGAGAGAGAGAGAGAGAGAGAGUUGAGCUUGGUUGUCCCAUCCUCACAAUACAAAGGUGUAAGGUAGGUGUGGUGUGGUAUCAUAUAUGGUGAGUGAGUGAGUGGUGAGUGAUGCAUUAUGCGAGCAAUCAGGUUUCGCGAACCGCCGACCGAUUCUUGGGGAUUGAGGGACAUCUUCCGAGUUGGCUUCUCCACCGCCAUCCGACGAGCUGUUGUCAUCGGAAACGGCGUCGCCGGAGCUGAGAAUCAGUGCAUUGGUUUGGUUCGAGCUCUGGGCCUCUCUCACCGCCAAACCAUUUACGGAUGGUCCAUUAUUGGUGGUUGCAUCAGGCUGGGAUACUAUCUCUGUUGCAAGUCACAUAAAACGGUUAGCUCCGGAAAAAGUUUUUGUUGUUCAGCAUCCCAGAUCACAGCUAAAUCGGUUCAAUCUGGUGAUUACUCCUCGCCAUGAUUAUUACCCAUUAACUCCUGAAGGACAGGAACAGAUCCCAUGGUUUCUUCGGAGGUGGAUAACUCCUCGUGAACCUCCUGACAGACAUGUGGUCCUCACUGUGGGAGCUCUUCAUCAGGCUGACUCUACCGCUUUACAGGUUGCUGCUUGUGCCUGGCAUGAUGAGUUGGCUCCUUUGCUGAAACCCUUGCUUGUGGUUAACAUUGGAGGGCCUACAAAACAUUGUCAAUAUGGUGCAGACCUUGCAAAACAGUUGACAGCUUCCCUGAAGAAUGUUCGUUGGAGUUUUGGAAGCCUCAGAAUAUCUUUCUCGAGAAGAACUCCACAGGAGGUAUCUGAAAUCUUAGAGAAGGAAUUUAGUUAUCAUCCUAAAGUUUACAUUUGGGAUGGCAAAGAUCCAAAUCCUCACAUGGGGCAUCUUGCUUGGGCCGAUGCUUUCAUAAUCACAGCUGAUUCAGUUAGUAUGUUGAGUGAGGCUUGCAGUACUGGAAAGCCUGUUUAUGUUAUUGGAGCAGAGCGAUGUACAUGGAAGUUUGCGGACUUCCACAAAUCUCUGCAGGAACGAGGAGUGGUGCGACCAUUCACGGGUAAAGAAGAUAUAUCAGAAAGAUGGAGCUGUCCUCCACUGAAUGACACUGCAGAGGCAUCUUUCCGGGUGAUUGAAGCACUUUCUGAGCAUGGAUGGAGAUUGGAACCUUGAUAAGUCGGUUCCACUUCAGAAAAGAAAAGUUUGGUAGGGCAGCCUUGCAUGCAAAAUGGAAGUAUAUAACUCUCAUAUUACAUUCCUAUAUAUUUAUAUUGGCGAGGGGGAUUAACACAAUCAAUAAGAAAUGAAUUGAUAUUUGUAAAACAAAA